CAAACAAAAGCUCCUUAAUGUCAAAUUCUUAUCGGUUAAGCAACGUUAAAGGGAAUCGUCUAUUCUUCUUAUCACAAGCAGCUGCAUUCUUUGAUAUUCUUAAAAUUUUGUAUUAUUGGUAGAUUUUUGUUAAUUUCUUCUUGUUAUUUUUUCAUAUCAAAUUAUUUUAAACAAAUAAAAUAAAUUGCUUUAAAAAAUGGCUAACAAUGCAGAACCUCAGGAAAAAAGAUUUUUUAGUCAGUUUGAAAGAUUAGGCUUUUAUGGUAAUGAUGCUGUAUAUUUGAAUGCUGGCGCACCCGGUACAGAAUUGUUGCGGAUGCUGCCGCCAAUCAUUGAAGCUGCUACUAGUCACCUUAUGCAAAAUGAAUUGGAGGGAGAUGCUCAAAUUUUUCAGUAUGGGGUGGAAAAUGGGCAUUGGCAAUUCCGCAGUUUUUUGGCAACAUUUCUGACUGAAGAAUAUGGGGAUACUGUUUCUAGUGAGCAAUUAUUUCUUACUGGAGGUGCAUCUAGUGGGCUGUGGUUAAUUUUAAGUGCAUUGUUUAAUUCUGGCACUGUUGUUUUUGUUGAAGAUCCUUCAUAUUUUUGUGCUCUUAAAGUUUUUUCUGAUCUUCAGAUGAAAGUAGUUCCAGUUAAAACUGAUGACUAUGGCAUUGUAAUUGAUGACCUGCAAGAAAAAUUGAUUGAACAUUUUUCCGAAAACCCUGUUGUUUCCCAUCCACCACUUAAAGCAUUGAUUUAUCUUAUACCAGUUUACCAAAAUCCCACUGGUUCUGUUUUACCUGAAGGAAGGUGUAGGAAAUUAAUUAACUUAGCUCAAAAGUUUGGAGUCACAAUCGUGUGUGAUGAUGUUUAUAAUAUGCUUCAUUAUGAUGAUAAGCCUGUUUGUCCUAAACGUCUAUUUGCUUAUGAUAAUAGGUUUCAUCCAGAUUAUGCUGGUAAUGUGAUAUCCAAUGGAACAUUUUCUAAGUUCUUAGGCCCUGGCUUAAGAAUAGGCUGGAUUGAAGCUCCAAAAUGGGCUACAGAAAUACUGGAGGAUUUUGGUGUUAUUGGUAGUGGAGGUGGCUUAAACUCAUAUACCUCUGGUGUUAUCACAAGUUUAAUGGCUCUGGGAAAAAUGAAAACACACUUGCAAAAAGUGAAGACUAUAUUCAGAACUCACAUGGAAGCUACUGCUGACCUCUUACGACAAGAACUCCCUCCUGGUUGCAGACUAAAGUCUCCUGCUAAGGGUGGUUACUUCUUGUGGAUAGAAUUACCUGAAAAUAUUGAUGCAUUAAACUUUUCACCUUUUGCUAAGCAAGAGUAUCAGGUUGCAUUUAUGCCAGGAAUAAGGGCAUCUCCAACUAAUAGUUUUGCCAAUUACAUACGAAUCUGCAUUAGUUUUUACCCUCUGGAUAUUUUAUUGUCUGCUGUUCGAAGAUUAUGUAGAGCAAUUUCAGACUUUCAACAGAGAUGUGAAGACGAUCCUAAUUUUUUAGAAACUUAUGCAAAUUCUAACAAAAUAGAUAUUUAAAUAUUUGAAAGAAAUCUGAAUUUUGCUCUGCCUAAAAUUUUGAAGCAAUUAUUUAUUAUGAUUCAAGGCUACUACUCUGCAAGUUUUCUAUAUUCUUUAUAAAUAAGAUAUACAUAAUAUUACAAUGUUGCAUAUUAAGCAUAAGUAUAUUAUGAUGGUUACAUAAAGGCUUCUUUUGUGUAUUUAUUAAGAAAUCGAUUUAGGUUUAUAUAAAUGUGCAUAUUUCAAAGUUGCAAUAGUUAAUUGUUUUUAUUGUAAUUUAAUCAGAAUCUUUGUGUUAAAGUUAGUUUAUUUUAACUUGAUAGAUCUAAUAUGUUAUGGGUAUUACUUUACAAGACAAAUCUUUAUAUAUUUAACUUUUACUGAUAAAAUGUAUAUUGUAUAUUUCUUAGUAGUAUUAAAUUUAGAUUUCAAACUAGUCCAAAACUAGUCUACAAAUGUUAAGAAUUUUAUUUUCUUCUAUGAAAAUUUAAACUUUUAUCUGAAUAUUUUUAAAAAACACAUGUUCAUGUGAAGAUUGUUAUAAAGGCAUACAAAGUUGUAUUUAACAAUCCUUAUAGUUGCACUAUCUUCAAAUAAAAUCAGAAAUAAUGCAAUAAUAAAUUUAAAUUAACAUAAAAUUCUAUUAAUAGAUUUUAAUGACUGUGAUCAGAUCCAAUAAAAAUUUUGGAUUUGUAUUGCCUAUGAUGCUAUCAUGUAAAAAGUAUACACUAGGAAUGUUGAAACAAAACAUUUUUUUUUUUUUUCUUUCUUUCAAAUUAUUAUAUAUGCAUACAAAAUUAGUUUUAAAGAAUUUAAAAAAAAUUUAUUUCAUAAAGUAUUGAAUCAUUUUAAGUGUGUAUUAUCUUAUUUAAAUGUUGUUGUUUUUUAACCUCUAUACAGUAUUGUAUUUUAUUAUUAUUCAAAGUUGUGUUGUGUCUUUCACAAUAUUUUUAAACUUAUUUUAAUCUGAUCUGUAACAGAAUAUAUUAAAUUAUUAAUUUCAAAAUGAGUAAAUUUUUGUAUAGCAUGAAUAUAAGAGCUAAAUUCAGAUUUAUUUUUGUUGAAUUUUAAAAAAUUAUGUCAAAGAGAUUAUUUUUGUUGAUUAGUAUUGAACUAUGGAAAUAAAUUUUAUGCAAAAUGA